UGUAAACAGCGGGGAACCUUUGAACCACUCGCCCUGUCACCGAGCAGCAGUCCCGGCUGCAGCUCCACCAUGGCCGCGUCUCCGUUCAAACACUUCCUGGUUACUUUUCUAAUGCCCGAGAAAUGUUACGAGAGGUUCUUCGUCAACUUUCACAUGAACGUGGCUUGCCUAAAGUUUGUGAUGAACAGAGUUGUUGGAUUUUGGAUCUUACUGGACACUUUCCUGGCGCAGCUACCUCAGCUGCUGAAGAUACUGUGGAGAAGAAGUGCAGACGGCCUGAGCCUGACCUCCGCCCUGCUGCAACUGUAUGCCUUUUCCUGUCCUGUUGUGUACGCCAUAGCACACCACUUCCCCCUCUUUGCCUGGGUUGAGAGGCUCAUCACGUUGACACAGACCGCCACCAUUGUGUUCCUCAUCCUGCAUUAUCGUGGCAAAACCCUCACAGGAAUUCUGUUCCUCUUGGCUUUUGGGGGUUCCAUUUUCCUUCUGGCGUCCUAUGCAGCUGCAGCAGUUGUCUCAGCGAUGCAGGCCUCCAGUUUGGCAGCCUUAAUUGCAAGCAAGGUUUUCCAGGCAGGAACAAACUACAGUAACGGCAGCACCGGCCAGCUGUCCACCCUGUCUGUGCUUCUGUCCUGGGCCGGAUCUCUUGGAUUUAUCUUUGUGUCUCUACAGGAGACAGGAAACUGGUUAGCUACUCUGUCACACACACUGUCAGCCUGUCUGAGCUGCGUCCUCCUGGCCCAGGUCCUCUGCUGCAGUCCGGCUGCCGCUAAGAAGAAGAGCGACUAGAGGCGGAGGACAGUGACAAACAAACAUCGUGUGAAAAUCCUUCCUGUCCUUUAAGGAAAUGCUUUGGGAUUCUGAGCCAGAUGUUGGAAUAUAAAUACAGCACGGAUGUAGCAGGAAAUGUUUACAGAACACUUUUUGAAGAUAUAUAUGGCUUUGUGUUCCUUUCAGAUCCUUUAUAAUGAGGACAUAUUCUGCUCAUUUUCAGGAUCACAUAUGAGGGACAUGUCUCCAUGCUUUAAUGUUCAAAAAGAUCUUUAUUGUUCUCAUACUGCCUGUGCUGCAUCACCUCUUUCCACCCUCUGUCUGAAACCAGAGCCAAGUCUGCUCUGAUUGUUUAGCUGGUCGGCUCUGUUGUUCAGAGAUCCCCCGCUCCUUAACGUGAACAGAGUGCUCACUGUUGCUCGGUAACACUGUGGACAUUUGCAGGACCUCAGCCAAGACAUACCGAGGUAACCUAGGCAGCACCAGGACACAUUAACCUUGCUUGUGUUUUCCAUCCAACAUCUCAGAGCAGAGGUGGGAAGUAACUAAAUACAUUUACUACUAGUACUGUACUUAAGUUCAGUUUUGAGGUAAUUGUACUUUUCUUGAGUAUUUCCAUUUUAUGCUAAUUGUACUUUUCCUCCACUACAUGUAUUUAAUCCCUUUAGUUGCUAGGCAGAUUUGGAUUAAUGGUGUGAAGUAUAAUCAGCCCUUAAAUCACCUGGAGUAAAUCCAGCAGCUACCCUGCAGUAUACAAAGCCAUUCAAACUAGCUGCACCUUUACCAGCUCUGAGAACACUUUAAUGAUCAAUCAUUAUAAAACAUAUCAUAUUAUUCUGAAAUAGACCAAUCAAACAAUGACUACUUUUACUGUCGCUACUUUAAGUACAUUUAGAUGAGAGUACUUUCUACUUUCACUGGAGGAACAUUUAGAAUACUUUUACUGUGACAGAGUAUUCCUACACUCUGGUACUUCUACUUUACUCAAGUACAAGACCUGAGUACUUCUACUUUACUCAAGUACAAGAUCUGAGUACUUCUACUUUACUCAAGUACAAGAUCUGAGUACUUCUCCCACCUCUGACUAAAUGGGAUGUGGCUCACCAGAUAUGAUAAACCAUUUCUUUAUUUGUUUUUAUACAUUUAUGGCUUCUCUUUGUUUUACACUUUAAGCUAGAGGCGGAGGACAGUGACAAACAAACAUCGUGUGAAAAUCCUUCCUGUCCUUUAAGGAAAUGCUUUGGGAUUCUGAGCCAGAUGUUGGAAUAUAAAUACAGCACGGAUGUAGCAGGAAAUGUUUACAGAACACUUUUUGAAGAUAUAUAUGGCUUUGUGUUCCUUUCAGAUCCUUUAUAAUGAGGACAUAUUCUGCUCAUUUUCAGGAUCACAUAUGAGGGACAUGUCUCCAUGCUUUAAUGUUCAAAAAGAUCUUUAUGUUUCUCAUACUGCCUGUGCUGCAUCACCUCUUUCCAGCCUCUGUCUGAAACCAGAGCCAAGUCUGCUCUGAUUGUUUAGCUGGUCGGCUCUGUUGUUCAGAGAUCCCCCGCUCCUUACCGUAAACAGAGUGCUCACUGUUUCUCGGUAACACUGUGGACAUUUGCAGGACCUCAGCCAAGACAUACCGAGGUAACCUAGGCAGCACCAGGAAACAUUAACCUUGCUUGUGUUUUCCAUCCAACAUCUCAGAGCAGAGGUGGGAAGUAACUAAAUACAUUUACUACUAGUACUGUACUUAAGUUCAGUUUUGAGGUAAUUGUACUUUUCUUGAGUAUUUCCAUGUUAUGCUAAUUGUACUUUUCCUCCACUACAUGUAUUUAAUCCCUUUAGUUGCUAGGCAGAUUUGGAUUAAUGGUGUGAAAUAUAAUCACCCCUUGAAUCAGACUUUAGUUCACCUGCAGUAAAUCCAGCAGCUACCCUGCAGUAUACAAAGCCAUUCAAACUAGCUGCACCUUUACCAGCUCUGAGAACACUUUAAUGAUCAAUCAUUAUAAAACAUAUCAGAGAUAUUAUUCUGAAAUGGACCAAUCAAACAAUGACUACUUUUACUGUCGCUACUUUAAGUACAUUUAGAGGAGAGUACUUUCUACUUUCACUGGAGGAACAUUUAGAAUACUUUUACUGUGACAGAGUAUUCCUACACUCUGGUACGUCUACUUUACUCAAGUACAAGAUCUGAGUACUUCUACUUUUACUCAAGAACCAGAUCUGAGUACUUCUACUUUUACUCAAGUACAAGAUCUGAGUACUUCUACUUUACUCAAGUACAAGAUCUGAGUACUUCUACUUUACUCAAGUACAAGAUCUGAGUACUUCUACUUUACUCAAGUACAAGACCUGAGUACUUCUCCCACCUCUGACUACAUGGGAUGUGGCUCACCAGAUAUAAUAAACCAUUUCUUUAUUUGUUUUUACACAUUUAUGGCUUCUCUUUGUUUUACACUUUAAGCUGAAUUUAAUAGUGCUGUAUAUCAUUGUCUAUGUAAUAAAGUUAAAGAUUUAAAAGA